AGUGAUAUAAAAGCACACGCCACACCCGUUGUUCUAGUUCUAAUUUUUGGAGGCAGGCCAUAACUUUGAUUGGCGAUGGAGAAGUUUACCUGUUUGAUGACAAUUCUGGUAUUGCUCGGAGCUGGGAGUGACUCCAAAGAAAUACCAUCAAUAACCUCUGACAACCAAAGAUUCGCUCCAUCAUGUUCAAUGAAUAUCAACAACCAGCUUCCACGACCGCAGCCUUUGCUGUUGAUUCCUGGUACAGAAGAGUUCCGCUAUCCAGCGACAAGUAAUCGACAAUUACGGUUAAACCCAGGGGAAACUAUAGAACUCGUCUGCAGCAGUGGAUUUGAUCUGGCUCCCAAUAAGAACUCCAUCAUCGUAUCCUGUGUUAUAGACACCAUUUUCAACUAUGAUAGCACCAUGCACCAGUUCACUGAUUUCUCCUGUAGGCAGAUUUGGUACAGCAAUGCUCGACGAACCUACGAACCUUGCGAAAGGAAUGCGUCAAUCAUCCAAAUUGGAUUCGAUUUGGGAACCCGCUUCCCCAAGAUUAUGGACAUCUGCCAUAACGAGGAGACGUUCGAGAAUCACUGGAUCAAGCACGAGAUGUUCCCUUUCAAUGCUGGAUAUCAAUCGAGCAAUCCACGUCCUAAUUGGUACCAAGGGAAUUUCUAUCCAGGAAUUGAUACAAACUAUCUGUACACCAACAACAAACAACGACAAACCGUAGCACAAAUUCUCCAAUCGCAAGAACUCGCCGAUGACAUCAUCCGGGAUGUCGGUUCAGGUGUCUACAUGGCUCGAGGCCACAUCGCUGCCCGAGUGGAUUUCCUAUACGGUACGCAGCAAAAUGCCACGUUCUGGUUCCUGGUGGUUGCUCCCCAGUGGCAAAACUUCAACGACGGUAACUGGCUUCGGAUUGAGGAACAGGUUCGUGAAUUCGUUGCGGCGCGGAACAUCAACGUCACAGUCUACGGGGGAACAUACGGAGCCCACACCCAGACCGACGUGAAUGGCGACCAGCAACCGAUCUUCUUGGACUACGAUCCGAAUGGCGUACAGCGCUUGCCAGCACCGAAAAUCUACUACAAAAUCUUGCAUGACGAACGGCACAAUUCCGGCAUUGCGUUGAUCGGCGUGAAUGACAUCCACAUAACGUCAAUGGAGCAAAUAAAUGGGCAGUACUUAUUGUGUGACGACAUCGGCGAUAAAGUCAGCUGGAUCAACUGGGAUAGAAGAAAUUUCAAGAAGGGAUUCGCCUAUGCAUGUGAGGUGAACCCAUUCCUGAAACGGAUUGGUCACCUGGCACAUUUGGAUAUUCCAAAUUUGUUAAUUUGAGCAUUGUGAUAGUUUGUAGUUUAUAUGAAAAUUUGAUAUUUUUUUACGAAGAAAUACAUGAGAAAUUUCGAAUGCGUAAGGAAAUCAUGGGUUCAAAUAAAAA